UUCGAAUAGCUACUUUGUUUAUGUUAUGGCUGGAUCCUUUCAAAUGGAAAUGUAUCAGAGCUAAAAAUAUUAACUAUAUAUCCUUCUUUAUAAGAGAAAGUGAUUUUCGAUAUUGUCACUACAAUGGCUUCUGCAAGAGAAGGCAGAGGCACAACUCAUGUUGGUUUUGUGUGUCAGAGAUGCUAUCAACCCUUGAAGUUGGAUCAUUCCUUGUUAUCUUUGGACGAGGAAACGAUCGCAGAGCUUACAGCUCCAUUUCCUGAAUUUGCAGCCCAGACUGAUGGUGGAGAAGACACAAAUGGGAAGUAUGACCCUUCUUCAUGUCAGACUGCUGUCAAUACAGAGGGAGAUGAUACAGUCAUAAGGAGAAUCAUUUCUCCUGCAAGACUUCAGUCACUGGAGGGUGGUUUUACUCUGAUCGGAGACUCGCAGCCAAUUAACACAGAAAACCUCAGUCACAGGCUUAAGGUCACUAGUCAGUUGUUUGAUAUAAUGUCUGGACAGUCAACUAUUGAUCACCCUUUGUGCGAGGAGUGUACAGACACCUUAUUAGACCAACUAGACCAGCAGCUUAAGAUCACAGAUGAUGAACUCAAAGAUUACAAAGUCUUUUUUGAGAAGCUCAAUGACAAACCAUCUCUAGACGGUGAGGCCUUGUCAAAGGAACUUGAAAAGCUUAGAAAGGAAGAGCAAGAACUGAUAAAGAAAUUAGAGGAAAUUGAAAUGGAAAGAAGCAAAGUGGCUGAAAAACUUGAAGCUGAGAAAGAGAGAUCUAAGCAGUUGGAGAUUGAGGAAAACAAGUAUUGGAUGGAAUACAGUGAGUAUCAAAAGGAGCUCUUGGAAUCUGAAGAUGAGCAGCAGAGGUUAUACAGGUUUGAUCAAGCAAUGGUUGGAUUUUUAGACUGUUUACAACAGUUUAAAGAAGCUGUUGAAAAAGUGGACAAGAGGUUUUGCCUUCCAUACAGGAUGGAAAAAGGCAAAAUCCAUGAUUCAAGUGGAAACGGCGGAGCUUUUUCCAUAAAAAUUCAGUUCAACUCCGAGGAGCAGUGGACCAAGGCGCUAAAAUUCGUGCUGACUAACUUGAAAUGGGGACUGGCGUGGGUCUCGUCCCAGUUUACUGAAAAGUGACUCAGACUAGCGGUCAGUCUGGAUAAUGCACUUCUGCAAGAAGUUUAUAAUGUACGAACACAGAAUCAGUUGACUUUGAAUUAUUGCUCUUGUAGUCUGAAGUUUGCUUUUGAAGAAAGUAAUAGAAACAAGACUCUUUAAAGAAAGAAACUUAAGAUUCUCAAGAGCACAGUGUAGAUAUUUUUGAAAGCAUUUUACAAGGCUUGAGCGAACGAUUCAAACUCUUGUAGUCAUAAUCUUAAAACAUGAAUUCUUCUUUCUUGUGACCACGAUUCCUCUUUCUUCGACUUUCAGUUUUGA